CUCGAUAGAACAGCUGGGCGAGCGACACCGCCCUCGUCGCCGGACCCUCUGCUGGCGACGAUCAUCAACCAGUUUGCCUCCUGCAGAAAAUAACGCUGCUUCAGUCUAACAAAAGAUGAGCAAGACUAAGAGGGGUGGCGACGAUCACACAGGAAGGUGACAUAAGAGCAGACGAGCUUGCAAUAGUAAAGGAAGGGCAUCCGAGCCAAUGGCCUCAUCAGUCUCGGAGAAGAUGCGGAAAAGUAAGAGGGGAACUAAGAGGGGGGGCGAUGAUCUCGCAAGCAGAUCGGAUGAGAGGGAUGGUGAUCUUCUCCCAAGAUCACAUAAGAGUACAAUAGUUCGCGAUGUAUACACAUAUGCUCGCUACAAGGAACAGUUUGGGGAUCUAGAGUCCAUGGGUUACCCUGAGCCACCAAUAACCAUGCCAGAUGAUGAUAUGCUUUUGGUUAAUACUUUCGAGGAGACUUUUGGCGACACAUACCCUGAAGGUGAUUGGCAUGAAUUCAGUAAAAAGGGCUCUUCCAACAUAGAUCGCUAUGUUGUCGCGCUUGCUUCAUUCAGUGGAGAGAAAAGGCAUUUUGCAUGCUCAGGUUUUUUCAUCGAAUGGAAUGGAUCUACGGUUAUUCUGACAUCGGCGGGCUUGGUCAGGAGUUCAACUGAUGAAAACAAGAUUGAUGAAAACUUGAGGAUCGAAGUGUUGCUUCCCAGGAGACGGCGCAUAAAGGGCACGCUACAGCACUACAGUCUACACUACAACGUUGCUCUAGUCGGCGUCGAGGAUUGCCGUGUUGUUCGUCCAGCAAUUAUUCAGCGUCUUCGGUAUGUGUGCUCUAAAAUAGCAGCCGUAGGGCGCUGUUUCGAAUCAGGCGCGCUGAUGGCCGUGAUCGCGGAAGAGGUCACCUGGACAGGCACGCUCGAUUGCGUUUGCGUUGAACGAAUCUCACGUAGAAUCACCAAGGUGCGUAUGCUGUUGCUAUUUCCUGCCUAGGUGGAAGUAAAUUGUACUCCAUGUCUACUAUUUCAUGGAUUAGGAAUACUUGGUGACUAGGACAUGGAGUACAAUUAGAAAUUAUAUGCUGUUGCUAUAAUCCAAGGUAGUACAGUAGUAUCUAUUUGGAUUAGAAAUUACAGCAUGUACUCCAUGUCACCUUGCUAGGCUGGUAUGGGAGGACCCCUUGUUAAUAUGGACGGGGAAGUUGUCGGCAUGGACUUCUACGACACGAGGAUCGGAACCCCUGUCCAGGGCCGGUCCUGAUAUUUUGAGGGCCCGGGGCGAAACUAUAAUUUGUGGCCCUUAAAAUAAACACUAUAAGAAUAUAUGAUCACAUAAGUACACAAAUCCGACAGGGCAUGUAUAUUGGUGAAUAUGGUUUCACUCACAACUCUUAUGAAUAGUUAAUUUGAAAAAAAUACUAGUCAUAUAAAAAUAAAAAAUAAACAGAUUAUACAUAGGUAUUAAGUUUCACAAGGAAAUGACAUUCUAAGCAAAAUGCCAAAGUCGAAGUUAUAUUGAAAAAUAUUUUUUUGAUGAAUAGUAAGGCCUGAUUGUAUUUUCUUCUCUAAGAAUACCACUGGUCCCAUUUCUCCACGUAGCUUCACAAGUGAGUAGAAUGGUCCACCAAGUUUUAUACCGCCAAAUUUCAUAAUGUUUUGAACUUUUCUAGUAUUUUUAAAAAAUUAUUAGUUAUACGGGUGUAGAUGGAACCAUGUUCAUCUUUGUAUUUUCGAAAAGCAGCAUUCAUAUCAAAUAAUUGAUACAUAUUACCUUCAAAAUUUCAUCUAACAAUCAUCAAUAAAAUUCACUACUUAUGAUUGAGUCGAUGGCACCUCUCAGUAAUUCUAUCAAGUUAACCACACUUUGUUUUCUUUUUCCUCUUUUUAUCAAAUGCAUAUAUUCUAGGAGUAGGCGACAUUAUGCCACACAGAUCAAAAUAAAUAAAUUACAUCAAAGCUUGAACACCGCAAAGCUAUGCAUCAAGCAUGCAUUCCAAUAUAAAAUACUUAAUUAGCAAUAUAGAUAUGGGAAAUAGGUAAUAUUACCUCGGAUCAUUCGGGUCGGUGUCCAUGAUCAUUAGCAAUAUAUAUUGAUGUCUGAUGGAAGGAGCUCGGCGACCUGCAUCACUGUGUGCGUCAGUCGCGUGAAGAGCGGAACAGAUCUGGUGGAGUUCGUUGAUGUGGCAAGU